UGUCAUACCUGAUGAUGAGUCUGUUUGCUGAAAUUUGGUCGUGGCAAGUUUUGAAAACUUUUAAUUUGUUUAUUUAAAGAAGUCAAUUGCCAUGCAUGAACCAGUAAGGAAGCCAUCCGUGUCCAUCGGCACGACAAGCACAGCUGAAAAACUCUGCUUCGACAAGAAUGAAUUUAUGAAGGAGAAUUUCUCUGUGGACGAGUUUCUUCAUAAGAACCGGAAUGCUCCGAGUCUGGAGCUGUUACGCGACAAUCUUGGCCUGUACCUGAAAGGACUGCGCGCUGCCAUGAUUGAUUUAAUUAAUGAGGACUAUGCAGAUUUUGUCAAUCUGAGUGCAAAUUUGGUGGGUCUGGAUCAGACCAUUGAAACUAUACAGCGUCCCCUGGAGCAAUUUCGUAGUGAAAUUGAAGGCAUACAUAGUCUAAUUGAGGACAACGUUGUUGAGUUGCGUGACCAGCUGGAGGAGAAGCGACAAUUGCGAGAGUGUCAUCGUAGCUUGGAAAGUUUGAAGAAGGUCUAUGAGAUCUCUGACAAGCUGGAAGUGCUAAUCUCUCAAAAGCUGAGCGGCGAACAGAGUCCUCAGGCUGUGGACUUGGAACGUGCCGCCCUCGACUUAAUACAGUUGAAGUUUCACGAAAAACACUGUGCCACUCAUCUGAAUAAUGAACAUAAAGCUAAGAUACGGCAGCUAGAGGAGAAUGUUCAUCAGCAGUUGCGUCGAUUCUUUAACGAUUCUCUGCAACAGACACGCAACACAUCCUCAGAGCACUUGGAGCGCUGCUUGCGCAUCUACAUAACAUUGGAUGCCUGUGGACAAGCAGAGCGAGUCUUUCGAGAGGAUGUUGUGGCGCCCUACAUGAGCGGUAUCAUUGGCGAGCAGCAACUGCAGAAUUCACCACAGGGAUUGGCCGGCAUUUACAGCAAGAUACUGAACUUUAUAUCACUGCACAUGACGGAUCUGCUGCGUCUAACGCUGUACUCCGACAAGCUGAGUGGCUUCAACUUUGUCGUGAAUAGCUACUGGGCAGAUGUUGAAAUGCGGCUGGAGUUGCACAUGAACUCCAUCUUUGCACCCGGUAAUUCGGAAGUCUUCUAUGUAAAAUAUAAAUGCACACGCGAUUUCCUGAGCCGGAUUGAGGAGCUGCUUACCAACAGUGAUGAGCAGGCGGUGGCUUUUUAUCGCCAACAUAAGCAGACCAAGAGUUUUGAGGCCCGCUGGAAUCUGCCCGUCUACUUUCAAAUAUGCUUUCAAGAAAUAGCUGGGGGAUUUGAAGCUCAGUUGGAGCCGUUGCUUAAAGACGAUACUCUGAAUGCUGGUCCGGAAUUGAAUGAAUACCAAUUGAAGCCAUUCAAUGCUGCCAAGCAGGCAUUAAUACGUUGUUGGGCUGAUGGCAUCUAUUUGCCCGAAGUCUUCCCCAAGUUCUACAAACUAAACGUGCAAAUUGUGUUGCGUUUAUCUCGAUGGAUCGCAGAUGUCAUUACCGCAUCGAAGUCCAGCAAUAGCUUUACAAAAGUGUUUACGAGAAAUCAAUUGCUGAUUUCCCUGCAUGCCGAUACACGCAAGCUGGAAGCCUUCCUGCCAGAGUUGCAGAAGAUUAUAGUGCAAGCGGCUCCCAAGACACAGAACAAUUUGUUAUUCAACGACGUGCUGGGCAAGUCCAUAGCUGACUUGGGCGAUACACUGUCUGCGCAUUUGAUCACCAUACAGGCAACCUUAAAAGAACUAUUGAUCACCGAAUGUGGCACCGAAAAUGUUCGCCAGGUCAAUGACUUGCCACGGUUGUAUCGCAAAACAAAUCGCGAGGUGCCCACACGUUGUUCGGGAUACGUUGAGCAAAUGCUCCGGCCACUUAAAUCCUUUGUCGCUCAGCACGAAUCGCAGCUGGGAGCGCUGGUGGUGGAACAGAUUCUUACCGAGGUGUGCAGCAACAUUACCAAGGCCUACUUUAACGUGGUUAAUGAUGUUCUAACAUCGGUGCAAAAAACUGAAGAAUCUUUGCGGCGACUGCGCAACCUUAAGAGUGGCUCUGCUUCCAAUACUGCGACAAGCAGCAGCACAAAUGCCGUAGUAUCGGAUGAUGAUAAGAUACGGCUGCAGUUGCGUGUCGAUGUGGCCGCCUGGACACUGGAACUGUCCAAGUUAAAUUUUCAGCCUACGCAAAUCGAAAAACUGUUGGAGCUGUCGAAGAUCGUAGAGGAGAGUAUUAAAACAAAGGAUGGAGCUGCUUAGUUGCUUACUAUUGCUAUUGCUAUAAUUUCCAAUUUACUAUUGUUAACCGAUUUCUACUAUAUAUUUCUUUAGGCACAAUUAGUAUCGUAAUGUAUAAUAUUUAAAUUGUAUAUAAUAUAUAUGUAUAUCAUAUAUAAAUGCAUCAAAUUUCACGUACGGUAUUUGUGUAAACACAUCUUAAGAAAUUUCCC